AUGCGUUUUCAAACCAUUUUCGUGGCUAUACUUAGCCUGAUCGUCGGUGCUCAUGCCUACUGGCUCGAGCAGAUUUCUCACCAAGGUGUCGCACCUUUUGCAGGAUCUGGAUAUGCUGUCUUCCGUAACGUAAAGGAUUAUGGUGCCAGAGGUGAUGGUGUUACAGAUGAUACUGCUGCAAUCAACGCCGCCAUCACGGCGGGUGGUAAUCGUUGCGGAAAGGGUUGCGAAUCGACAACCCAGACACCUGCCGUUGUGUACUUUCCAGCAGGGACAUACUUGAUUUCGUCUUCAAUCGUCCCCUAUUACUUCACCCAGCUUGUAGGAGAUCCAACUUCUCGACCAGUUCUGAAGGCGACUGCCGGCUUUCAAGGAUUCGGCCUGAUCGAUGGAAACCCCUACUAUACAUCAGACCUCAACUGGGUCUCGGUCAAUGUCUUCUACCGUCAAGUGAGGAACUUUGUCAUCGAUACCACCAACAUCGCUCCCGGCACGGCUGCGACGGGUAUGCACUGGCCAACCUCACAGGCAACAAGCUUGCAGAACAUCGUCUUCAACAUGCCAACAACCUCGGGUGUCGUACAUGUCGGUCUGUUUAUCGAGAGCGGUUCUGGUGGAUUCAUGAGCGACCUCACCUUCAACGGAGGUGCUACUGGUGCCUCUAUGGGGAACCAACAGUAUACCAUGAGGAACCUUGUCUUCAACAACUGUGGAACAGCCAUCAUACAGCUCUGGAACUGGGGAUGGACGUACAUCAACCUCCAGAUCAACAACUGCGGCAAAGGUAUCGAUAUCUCUGCCGGCGGCUCUUCCGAUCAGGACGUUGGCUCCUUGACCGUCAUUGACAGUACGUUCGUCAACGUGCCUGUUGGUAUCGUGACGGCGUACACCUCGUCUUCCUCGCCAGCCACCGCUGGAAGUAUAGUCCUGGAGAACGUCAGUCUUCAGAAUGUUCCGGUCGCAGUUCAGGGACCAAGUGGCACAUACCUCUCCGGUGGCACGACAACGAUCACGGCUUGGAGCGAGGGGCACAGAUAUACACCUUCAGGACCUCAAAGCGCCCAAGGAGCGAUUACUCCCAACUCCCGACCUUCAGCGCUUCUGGGUAGCAAUGGCAGGUACUACCAACGGUCGAAGCCCCAAUACGAGACGCUGGCAGCGUCCAACUUCGUCAGUGUCCGAAGUGCUGGAGCCAGAGGCGAUGCCCAAGCAGACGAUACCGCUGCGAUCCAGUCUGCCAUCAACAGCGCCGCAUCGGCAGGCAAGGUGGUCUUCAUCGACUUUGGUCUGUACAGACUGACAUCGCCGAUCGUGAUUCCUCCCGGUUCCAAGAUCGUUGGCGAGGGUUAUCCCGUGCUGAUGGCUGCUGGGGGCUAUUGGUCAGACAUCUCGAACCCCAAGCCCGUGAUUCAAGUUGGGUCGACCUCGGGUCAAGUAGGCACGGUCGAGCUGUCCGACUUCGUGGUGGGCACCCAAGGCUCGACCCCGGGUGCCGUCCUGAUCGAAUGGAACCUCGCAUCCAGCGGAACACCGAGUGGCAUGUGGGAUGUCCACACCAGAAUCGGCGGCUUCACCGGCUCCCAGCUACAGGUUGCCCAGUGCCUCAAGAACGCAGGGUCGAGCGCCGUAAACUCGGGCUGCAUCGCCGCCUACAUGUCGAUGCACGUCACCGCGCAGGCGUCGAACCUCUACAUGGAGAACACCUGGCUCUGGACCGCCGACCACGACAUCGACGACGCCGCCAACACGCAGAUCACGCUGUACGCCGGCAGGGGCUUGUACAUCGAGUCGACAAACGGACCGGUCUGGCUCGUCGGCACCGCGGUGGAGCAUCACGUCCUGUAUAACUACCAGUUUGCCAAUACCAAGAACAUCUUUGCCAGCGAGCUUCAAACGGAGACGCCGUACUUCAUGCCUACGCCCAACGCGCUGGUCCCCUUCACGGUCAACACCGCACUCCAGGACCCCAACUUCAGCACUUCCUGCUCAGGUGUAGCCGGUAACUGCGCCGCGGCAUGGGGUCUGCGCAUCGUCAACUCGAACAACAUCCUGAUCUACGGGGCCGGGCACUAUUCCUUCUUCAGCUCGUAUUCGACAACUUGUUCCACGGUCGAGGCCGGUGAGACGUGCCAGUCGCGCAUUGUAUCGCUCGAGGGCACCAUCAGCAACGUGAACAUCUACAACCUCAACACCAUCGGGUCCCUGAGCAUGAUCAACCGAGACGGAACGAGCUUGGCGAGCUGGAGUGAUAAUGUCAACACAUUUGCGGCAAAUAUUGCUGUGUUCAAGAGCGGGUAG